GCCAAAAAAGAAGAAAGCAUGGUCAUGGUCAUGGUCAUGUAUAUAAAUUAAAGCUAGCCAGCCAGCUAGCUUCUCGGACUACCCUCCCUUUAUAUAAGGGAUGCUUGGGCAUGCACUUUAGGACUAGCUGCCUCCCAAUUAAUUAUAAACCAUGAAAUGUAACGAGCUUUGCCAUUUCAGCCAUCCCCACAAGCUGAGGUUUGAGUACCUUGAGCUUCCAUUCAAGUGCGACGGGUGCAAGGAGGUCGGGAUCGGGUCGCGCUACAAGUGCGGCGCCGCCACCUGCGACUACGACCUCCACAUGCACUGCGCCCUCCCCUCCACCUCCUUCAUCCAUCCCUUCUACCCCAAAUGCAACUUCCUCUUCCUCACGCGUCCCCCCGGCGACAAACCCCGGUUCUGCAACGCUUGCGAAAAGGACGUCACCGGCUUUGUCUACCACUGCGGGGCAUGUGGGUUCGAUCUGCACCCGUGCUGCGCGAGGCUGCCGAUGGUGCUGGACGACGGGGAGAUAAACCUGUACCUGUACCGGAAGGUGAGCGCGGGGUGUCACCGGUGCGGGAGGAAGGGGAGGAGCUGGAGUUACCGGUCGGGGUGCAAGAAGUACAAUCUGCAUGUGGCGUGCGUGAGGGAGAUGCUGGUGGAGAGUUGGCAAGAGAUUUACUUUGGGCGUAGUAAUUGGAACAAUGGGAGAAGGCUGGAGACCAGAAUUCCCAGCCUGAAGGGUACGCUGCAGACCCACCACCGCCGCCGCCGGAGCAGCAAGGGGAAAGUUCAGAAGUGCUGUGAGAUAGGUGCGAUGGCCCUGCAGUUCAUCAUAUCUGCCGUUCUGGGAGAUCCGACGGCUCUGAUUGCUGGGGUCAUAGGCUCGCUCAUAUCAAGAUCGUAGUUAGGUCGAUUAAAGGGGGUGUGCCGUUCUGUGAUGCCUGUGGGCUUGACUUGUCUUCUGAUCAUGAGAUGUGUAAAUUAAUUAAGUUUGUGGGUAAUGUGGAACUUUGGGAUAUGCUCGGGCAAAGUGGUCUGCCUAUUUCCCUAUUUAAGCCAAUCCUCUCCUCACUGUUAUUUCUACUCUUAAUUAAUUUCAGUAAGCUUGUAAUUAUUAUCAUUGUGCUGGAAAAGUGGGGGCAUCGGGUUGGAGCUGGAUGGAUUUGGAAAAAAUUAAAUAUAAUUUUACAUUUUAUUUUAUUCAAAUCUAUUCGAAUUCAAAUUCAAAA